CGUUGCCAGUUGCAAAUCUGGCCGCGUCCCCCGCGACCGUCCUUCCUCGAGCUCCAUGAACAGUGUCGGGGCAAUCGCAAGAACGCCGAAUGCCAAGCAUCGCCUGAGUCUGCGCUACGACGAUGAGAGACUGCCGUUUCUCACGGCGGACCAAGGUUCCCGAAGCAACGGUGGCACGUCGACAACAUCUGCGGCGACGACGCACCAUGCCGUCGCACCGGAAUCGGACGGCAGCAAGUACCUGAAGAUUGGUCUGUACGGGUUGAUCAAUGCGGUCAUUCUCGUUCCGUUGAUGAUCAGUUUUUCGCAAAUCAUCUUUCGCGACCCAGUGUUUCAACCCUACUUGGCGGACCUCGUGAAGCUCACGAUGGUAUCUGGCGCGGUGCAUCAGAUCUGCUUUAGCGUGUUGAGCACGCUUCCGUUCGCGGUGGGGCAAGUGCAAGAUGCCGGGUUGAUCUUCCUCUCAGCGAUUGCAACCUCCAUCGUCCACUCCCUGCACAAAGCCGACACGGUGUUCGUGAUGGAGGAAGUGCUAGCUACGACGUUGUUCACUCUGUGUGGGUCCACCGCGUUGUUGGGCGUCGCGCUCGUGAUCACGGGCAAGUUGAGGUGGGCCAGCUUUGUCCAGUACCUUCCCAUGCCAGUUGUCGGCGGGUACUUUGCGUUCAUCGGGUUUUUCUGUUUGCAAGCGGGCGUGGCCAUGAUGUCUGGGAAGGAGGUCAAGGAGAUUACGGACUGGGCGCAGUUGACCGACCUCAAGUCGUUCUACUUGUGCGCCCCGGGUAUCGUCGCCGGCAUCUUCAUGUGGGUCGUCACGCAGCGCAUCCAGCACUUCACGAUUCUUCCCAUGUGCAUGUUGACCAUCCUCGCCUUGUUCUUUGGGUCCAUGGCAGUGUCUGGCACGUCGUUCCAAGACGCCCGCGCCUACGGAUGGAUCGCGCCGCUGCCGAACGCGACCAUGAACUUUCUCGACAUUUACAAACACUUUCAACCGUCGCAUUUCCACGCCGAGUUUAUGCUGGACCAGCUACCAUCCUGGAUCGCCAUGUACUUUGUCGUAGCGUUCUCGUCUUCGCUGGACGUAGCGGCGAUUGAGAUGGCUCUGCAUAAACCCCUGGACCACAACGCCGAGCUCCAAACCGUCGGGUGGUCCAACGUGAUCUCAGGACUCACGGGGGGGUUCACCGGGUCGUACAUUUUUUCAUCCACGAUCUUCUCUAUGAAGUCUGGCGUCGACAGUCGGCUCACGGGGGUGCUAGUGUUUGCGCUCGAGCUCGCCUUGGUCAUGAGUCCGUUUUCAAUCAUCUCGUACGUGCCCAAGCUGUUUUUUGCGUCGCUCCAGACGCUUAUCUUUGUCGACUUGUUCAUGGAAUGGAUUGUGCACGCCCGCAAAAGCAUGUACGUGAGCGAAUACCUGAUUGUCUGGUUCACGUUUGUCGUGAUGGUGCUGUGGAACCUCCAAGCGGGCAUCGUGCUCGGCAUCGUCGGCGCCGCCUUCAACUUUAUCGUGUCGUACGUCGAGUCCACGUCCAUCCGCCGCGUGUGGAAGCAGUCCCAUGUCAAGCGCCAGUUCAAGGAGCGCAUUUCGCUGCUCAAGUCCCGCGGCUCCAUCGUCACCCUCGAGUUGGACGGGUACAUCUUCUUUGGCAGUUCUGUCAACAUCAUGGCCCAAGUACGCAAGCAUGUGCUGCUCACAACCGACGAGCUGCUCCACCAGCGGAGCACCCGGUCGCUUAGCACGAGUGUCAUGGCGACACCCAACUUUAACAGCCACCGCCUCCACGGCCGCACAUCGACGCGGAACAACGCGGCCACGCCAGCCAACAUGGGUCUCAUGGCCCUGGACGACAUGAACGAGUACUUGAGCGAGUACAGCGCGGACGCGCCGAUCCCGGCCUGCCGCACGCGCUUUCUCGUACUUGACUUUGACCGUGUCACAGGGAUCGACGUGACAGCCGUGCGCAGUGGCUUCAACAUGAUCAAGCAGAUGCUGGUCGAGAACGGCAUCUCACUCGUGUUUGCCAACCUCCCCAAGCACAUUGAAGCCAUGCUGCGUCUCCACGAUGUAUUCGACGACAAUGACAUGAACACCAACAGCUGCGAUAACGUGCCCACAAAAGCCUUUGAGACGCUUGACAUCGCCCUCGAGUGGUGCGAAGAUGGCCUACUCGCCAAGGAAGUGCCCGUGUCGGACAGCGCGUCGCGCCUGCUCCAGAGCGGGCGCAUCAUGCAACUGCUGGACGUGCUUCUGCCCAAGGGGGGGGGGGGAUCGGUUGAACAUGUCGGAGGAGACAAGGUGGACGAUGUCACAGGGCCGCUGUACGUGCAAACGCAGUCGUUUGAAAAGGGUCAGCUCAUUUACACAUGCGGCGGCGACGUGGAUGGGUUUUACGUGAUCGGAAAAGGACUAGUGGAUGUGUACUUGCCAUCGACUGAGCACAAGAAGAUGGGCCCGGGGUUCACGGGCCGCAAGCGCAUCAUGCAAGUGACCAACGGCGGGCUCCUCGGCGACGUCGACAUGAUCUUGAACAAGAAGCACUCGUUCACGGCCGAAGCCCGGUCCAACUGCUUCAUCUUCUUCAUCCCGACCGCCGCCAUGGACACGAUGAAGCAGCAACAUCCAAACUUGGCCGCGCGCUUUGACAAGGCCAUCAUGCGAUCCAUGGCGCUGCAUAUUUUAGAAGUCCGUGUGGCCGACGAGUAGUAGAACGGAGAAGCGAUGAAAUAGAUAUGAUGGAUGGACGAGUUUGAACUGUGCUUAGAAACGGACUCUGCUUGAUGUGUUUGUGUUGAUAUACACCAAUG